AUGUCUGCCAAAAAUAAUCAGUCCUCAGGAGGAACAUCCCCUCUUUCCCCUCCCACAACCUCCCAGUAUUCCACACAGACCUUAUAUUUGGAGGAAGGAAAUAAAGAGGAAGAUGAGAAUUCAGAGAGAGAAUAUCUAUCUCCUGAAGACAAUGAGUAUCUGGAAGAGGAAAUCUAUCCUGAGGAAGAUGAGUACCUGGAGGAAGAAACGUUUCUGAAAGAGAACACAUAUCUGUAUGAGACUCCAGAGUAUGUGAAGCAGAGAAAGCAUCUACAGAAGAAAAAGCAUCUGGAAGAAAAAGAGGAUCUGUUUGAAAAGUAUCUGGAAGACGUGUAUGUUAUCCCUGAUUUUUCUCACGGGGAAGAAAAUGUCUUGGAUUUUGUUACCAAAGAGAACUUUUGGAACGAUUUAUUAAAUGAGCCCAUUGAUUCACUGGAAGCUGAGAACAUAGAUGACAAGCUUCUCGGCAGCUCCUAUCAGGCAGUGUUUAGGACCAUGCUCAAAGAAAUGGCGGCUCGCAAAGAACAGGAAGAGGAUAUUGACGUCCCCAUGACCGGAAUUCUGGAGAGUGAAACCAGAAGGAAACUGGGAAUUCUGUUGAAGAAAAACUUUGAAAAAUACAAGACAACGAUCCUCUGGAUUAUGAAGAAACGUGAAAGUCAGAGGUCAACCAAUAUAUCUACUUUCACAUUUCAUUUAUGGAAUCAACCACCACCAGGCAAGGAGUCUGUGACAGAAGUCAAAAAAACCCGUCAUGUUGUUCGUCAUAAGAAGAAAUUAGAAAUAGAUACAGACUGGGUACAGAGCAAGACUGAGGUGCAUCACCAUGAUGUUAAAUUAACUCUCUACCCCAGUGAGACUGUCUUCCAAAUCCUCUUUCCUGAUGGAUCAGGCCAGAUACACUACCCGUCAGGAAACCUGGCUAUGCUCAUCCUCAGUACAAAACAGAGAGAGUUCACAUACAUCAUUCUGGAAGACAGUGAAGAAAGGUGUGUCCAGGCCCUUAUCAACAACUCUGGCCAUGCCACCUUCUAUGAUGAAAACAGAGAAAUCUGGUUGAGCCUGAGCCAAAACCUGGGCUACUACUUCCCCAAAGGCAAACACCAGAAGGCCUGGAACUGGUGGGAUCUGAGCCUCCACGUCCAUGCGCCCCCUUUCCAGUCCAUCUCCUUGAAAAUCAACCGGUACAUCAAGGUACAAAUAAGGAGCCAGGAUAAGAUCGCUUUCUGCUUCAGCCACCAAAAGAAGCACAUCUGCUUAAACGUGGGCACCAAGUACAAGUUCCUAACCCCGGAGGUGCUGAGUGAAAUGAAGCAGAAGGCCAUCCUGGAGGUAGAAUUUGGUUCAACAGCUCGGAAGAUGCAGGUCCUCCUGGGGAAAAUGAGUAGAAUCCUGAAUUUCCUGACCAUCCCUGAUUUGGAAAACUUCAUAGAGGCUGCCAGGAUCUUGCGAACCGACAACCUGGAGCGCAAGGAGAACUCUUACUUCCAAGAGUAG